GGCGCCGGGCCUUUAUCGGAGUGGGCUUCGUGGACCGCGGGGAUGCCUUCGACUUCAACGUGGCCCUGCAGGACCAUUUCAAGUGGGUCAAGCAGCAGGGCGAGCUGGCCAGGCAGGCCCUGAACCCGGAGCAGGGCCCCAAGCUGGACCUGGGCUUCAAAGAGGGGCAGACCAUCACCCUCAGCAUCGCGAACGUGAAGCGGAAGGAGGGCCCCUCGGGGAGCAGGACGCACUCGGGCCCCCCCGGCUUGCUGCCCCCCCCUCCGGGGGCCAAGGCCGGGCCCCUCCCCGCCCCCCUCCCGCCUCCUUUCAGCUCCUCUGAAGCACUGCCUUCCGCAGGGGCCUCCCAAACAGAUGCGCCCUGGCCCCCGCCCUCGCUGCCUCGGAGUUCCACAGCAGACGCCGCCGCCGCUACCGACUUCUGGGGGGAUUUCGCCAAGGCUUCUGGAUCUGCCUGCGGCCAGGGCGCUGCUCCUCCUCCUCCGGACUCCGACUGGGUCCAGUUCUGAGCCUGGUGCUCGUCCGCUUUCUCGUCCUUCUCUUCCCGGUUUGGACCCAAGAGGCGGAAGAAGAGCUGCUGCGUGGCCUGAUCUCUGGGCAUUUGGUGCCUUCUCCCACCCGCCACCCCUUCCCUGACCAAAGAGCCUUGCUGUGUGGGUUGCCUGGGCCCAUCCGCCUGCCAGUAAACAGCGGAACGGUGGGUCUUUCUCUGCCCCAUUCCUGGUGACGGACGCCUGAGUUGUGCCUUUUCCUUCCCAAGACAAAGUGCCUCCUCUCCCCUGCUUUUGGGGAUGCCUUCUCAUAAUAAUAAUAAUAAUAAUAAUAAUAAUAAUAAUAAUAAUAAUAAUAAUAAAUAUUGGGUUUUUGUAUGUCUUUCGGGCUGUGUGGCCAUGUUCCAGAAGCAUUCUCUCCUGACGUUUCGCCCACAUCUAUGGCAGGCAUCCUCAGAGGUUGUGAGGUUCUGAGGAUGCCUGCCAUAGAUGUGGGCGAAACGUCAGGAGAGAAUGCUUCUGGAACAUGGCCACACAGCCCGAAAGACAUACAACAACCCUGUGAUCCCGGCCAUGAAAGCCUUCGACAAUAAUUAAUAUUACUAUAAUAAUAUAAUAUAUUGAUAUAAAAUAUUCAUGUUAUUGUUAUUACUAUAAUAAUAAUAUUUGAUAAUAAUAUUAAUUAUCAAAUAUUAAUAUUGAUAAUAAUAACAAUAUUUUAUUAUCAUUAAUAGUAAUAUUUUAUAUCUAUUAACAUUAAUAUUAAUUAUCAAAUAUUAAUAUUGAUAAUAUAAUGAAUAUUAUUAUAUUAAUAUUGAUAAUAAUAAAUAUUAUUAAUGUAUUAAUAUGGAUAUAAUUAUUAUAUUAUUAAUAUAAUAAUACUUUAUUUGUACCCUGCCCCAUCUCCCCAAGAGACUCGGGGCGGCUCACAAAACAAAUACGGUAAAUACAGUCGAAUACAUACAUCUAAAAUAAAGAAUAAUGCAUCAAAUAAAUAUAAACAAGAUAAACCAAAACAUAAUAAUAAUAAUAAGAUGAAUAUUAUUAUAUUAAUAUUGAUGAUAAUGUUAAUUAUUAUCAAAUGUUAUUAAUAUUAAUAACAAUAUAAUGAAUAUUAUAUUAAUAUUAAUAAUAUAAUAAUACUUUAUUUGUAAACCGCCCCAGCUCCCCAAGGGACUCGGGGUGGCUCACAAAACAAAUAAAUAAAUACAGUCGAAUACAUAAAUCUAAAAUAAACAAAGAAUAAUGAAUCAAAUCAAUAUAUAAAUACAAACAAGAUAAACCAAAAUAUAAAUGAGCAGCAGCAAUAAUACAAAUUGUUAAUUCUUUGCACACUCCCUUGCUGCUGUGCCUUACCAAAGCGCUGGAAAAAAAAUUAUAUAUAUAUAUAUAUUGUUAUAUAUACGUUUUAUCUAUAGAUAUAGAUAUAUAUCUAGUGAACAGGGUGACUCCUCCUUUGCCUUUUGUACUUGGAUUAAAAGCAACUCUUGCAAAAGUC